UCAAAACACUUUUGCAAAGCACUUGCUUUCUUUCAUAGUCAGAAUCUCAAUCAAAUCAAAACCCUGAUAGCCAAAUGAUCUCACUUGGAUUAUUUCUUCCUCAAACUCCAAGCCUCCGCAUACCCAUUUGCAAAAUGGCAGUAUCGUCAUCUUCAGCAUCAGCGGCCCCGCCAAGACAAUCUACAAGCUUUGGCUUCAAAAAUUUGACACAGACCCUCAUUGUUGAUGUCCAGAGAGCUGAGAACAGGCCGUUGAAUGUGCCAUUAAUUGCUCCUUUUACCAUAGCCUCUUCAAGGCUCGACAAAGUGGAGAACGUGGCCAUUCGAAUAGAGCUCAAUAAUGGGUGUGUUGGGUGGGGUGAGGCUCCUAUUUUGCCUCAUGUGACAGCUGAGGAUCAAGAGACUGCUAUGGUGAAAGCUGGCGAGGCUUGUGAGGUUUUGAAGAAGAGUCCAGCCAUGGCUCUGGGUUUGGUUUUUGAGAAGAUUGCUGCUUUUCUUCCUGGUCAUCAGUUUGCUUCUGUUAGGGCAGGUGUUGAGAUGGCACUGAUUGAUGCAGUUGCUAAUAGCAUCAGCAUGCCUUUGUGGAGACUUUUUGGUGGAGCUACAAAUAAUAUAACCACUGAUAUAACAAUUCCAAUUGUUUCCCCAGAUGAAGCAGCCAAAUUAGCUUCAAAGUACUGCAAACAAGGAUUCACUACUUUGAAGCUUAAGGUGGGAAAGAAUCUGAAGGCAGACAUAGAAGUUCUGCAAGCGAUACGUGCAGUCCAUCCUGAUUGUUCAUUCAUCCUGGAUGCCAAUGAGGGUUACAAACCCAAUGAAGCUAUUGAAGUUCUCGAAAAAUUAUAUGAAAUGGGAGUGAGUCCAGUUCUUUUUGAGCAGCCAGUGCAUAGAGAUGAUUGGGAAGGUCUUGGUCAUGUUAGUCAUAUUGCCAAAGACAAGUAUGGGGUAUCUGUUGCUGCUGAUGAGAGCUGUCGGGGUUUGGAUGAUGUCAAAAAAAUUAUAAAAGGAAAUCUUGCCAAUGCCAUUAACAUUAAGCUAGCAAAAGUUGGGGUCCUUGGGGCCCUUGAAAUUAUUGAAGUGGCCAGGGCAUCUGGAUUGGACCUGAUGAUUGGUGGUAUGGUUGAAACUAGACUAGCCAUGGGCUUUGCUGGCCACCUUGCAGCUGGCCUUGGCUAUUUCAAAUUCAUUGACCUAGAUACACCUCUACUUCUGGCUGAAGAUCCUGUUCUUGAGGGUUAUGAAGUGUCUGGCGCUGUUUACAAGUUUGCGAAUGCAAGAGGUCAUGGUGGCUUCCUUCAUUGGGACAAUCUUGCAUGAAAACUUGGUUGCUUUGGUAAUUCUGGAACUCUAAGCUGUCAGCAGGUUAAUCUGAUUUUUCAGUUUGACCAUGCUCGUGGUUAAUAAUAAUGCCAGCCUCUGAUUUUUGGGGAUUGGUAGCAAGUAAAUAAGCGUGACAUCAAAGGUCCUAACUUGCUUGGUGUUUGGAGGUAAGAGUUACAGAACCAUUAUUGCAACUUGUAUUAUGGGUUUGGAGAAAAGAUAUUCUUCAAUGGUUUCUAGUGCUGCAGUGCAUAGUGUUGUUUGUUGAGUUUUCCAGUCCAAUUAACACAUGAUUGGUUUAGAACUGUCUGUCUACGGUAUACCAUGUUUCAUGAAUAAUUCUGUAUUCAUGUUUAUCUCUAUUUAAUCUCUACGAAAUCCUAGAUGAAAACUGUUUAACUUUUGAUAUGAAUUUUAUCUUCGUGAAUUUGUGCCA